AUGAGAAUAAUUUUGUAAUUAUUGAUAUUUAGAUGCACAAUCUGUGAGAUUUUAACUAAUAAUACCGUCGCCUCUCUUGACAUACAAUCAGCAUAUCAAUAUCUUAUAGAAAAUGAGAAUUAGUCGAUACUUGGUUAAUGGAAAGUAAGCUAGUAACACCCGGUUUACAUAAGCAUCGGUUUUGAUAGCGAGAACUUCAUUUUGCAAGUCUAUCUCAGAUAGAAUGAUAACUUAAGAGAGCCUUACUUUAUGCGAUUGAGCUAUUUAUUGAAUAAUAGCUCAUAUUUUUUUGAUUCAGUCAAAAAGUAUCUACAUUUGAUAACAUAUUUAGUCGAAUGACUUGGAAAAAAGUCUUAACUGAAAUUACUCUGCAAGUUAACAGGAAUCAUACUCCAUAGUAUUGCAAGGCAACUCUUGAAUUAGAAAUUCAAAACCCUAAUAAUCUUCAAAUAUAUAGUGAUUUUGACAACGAUUGUUAGCUGACUGAAGAGAAAAUAAACCUAUACAUAUUUUAAAAUUUUUUGCAAAUGUUGGUCUACUUAACACUUAUCAUUUUCAUUUAAAUGUUCCAAAUAAUUAAUUCACAUCACUUUUUUAAUUCAGACGCUAGACCAAAUUAGGGUGGAUUAAUCACGAUGUCAAUUAUACUUACUUAAGACAUUUAUAUUUGCAUAAUUAACUUACUCCUUUUUGAUACCAUUAGAUUAUGCUUUUUUAUUCCUUGUUUAGGUUCUCAAAUGAUUACCAUUUUAUUUGAUCUUAAAAUGAAGGUUAAAUUAGCAGUAAUUAUUUUAUAAUAAAUUAUAGCAAGCAUCAAAUGACAAUAUGAAGGAAAUUCUUUUUUUCUUCGUUUAGUUUCUAAUCAUUACUUUUUUAUUCCUUUAAAUAUAAAACUCAUAUGGAAUGAUCCUUCUGAAUUUGAUUUUAUUUCCUUAAAUAUUAUUCACAUUUUUUACAGGAAAAAGAUAAACAUUUAACUCUCACUAUAUUGGAAUCAUAUUCCCAAGAGUUUUAUAUUCCUUAUACUUUACAGGAUAUUCUAAUAACGUUUUUAUGUUUAAAAAUAAUUUAGUUACUUUUGGAACCAUCAUACUAAUUUUUCUAAUAUAAUCCAUAAUUUACUAUUUUCAAUGUCAUAACGGGUUGUUUAUCCUUUCUAAUAAGAAAUUUAAUUAUCUCAUCAAACUAACAAAUGACCAUACCAAAAUAGAUUGUUCAAUUUGCUUGGUCAAUCUAACAAGUCCACCAGAACUUAUCCUAAAUUCAGAAGAACCUAUUCAUAUUCAAACCUUAAAUAUGGCUACAUAACUGAAAUUAUUGAUGAACACUCCAUGUGUAAGACUUAAUUAUAUUAUUAGAAUCAUAUAUUUCAUCCAUCUUGUUUGAUAUAAUGGAUGUAGAUUAACCUUACUUGUCCAUUGUGUAAGAGCUCCCUUCCUUAAAUAUGUUGA